CUUUACUAUUUUUCCAUAGUUAUCUGACCAUAGCGAAGUCUCAUCUUACUCCGCUCAUUUACCGCUGCGCAAUCCUUUCCUCCAAUACUUUUCACAUCAUGGCCAAGCCCCAUAGCAGAUAUCUUGUCCCUGAGGUUAUCAGAAAAGCCCCUGUGAUCUAACUCAUUGAGAACUCCAAGCAUGAACUUGGCAAUCAGAGUUUGUUCCUUGUUCAAGUAUCAUAUCAUACAAACUCUUGCUAUUGUUGAACCUCUGCCAACAACAAAUACCCAUCUAAUCGAUAGCCAAUCGAUGCGAGAAGAUGGUGCCAGCGAUGAGAAGAUGCGUAUUGAACAUAUGGGCAAGUGGCCUAAUAUGCUGCAAUCGAAAUGUGUCCGUUAAUUGCAGACCCACUGAACAGGGAUAUGUGCCUUUAGCCCUGAAGUCCAAGACAACUCCGCACUUCGGCCCAGCCCUUUGGCUCCCUGAUCGUGCCCAACCACACUACCCGCAACCCAAGACAAGGAGCCAACAAGCGCAUCGCAGGAAGUUUGGGCAAGGGACCCCCAGGUGAUUACCGAUAGCACGAUAACAUAAGUUCAUGACAGGGCUUGGCGACCUGGUUGUCUUGAUCCCUCACAGCCGUGGUGCAGUGUCCAUGGAAUUGGACUAGCGAAUCCCAACUUCAACCAUACUCCCCUACCUUCAUGAUGGCACGAUUUUGUAGCCGUGCUCCUUAAAUAUAUUUCAACAAGAGUGGUUUCAGGAUACUGGAGAAUUGGCCACGGUACGACGUUUUGCAGGGAUCGAGCUAAGAAGCCGGAGAUUCAUCGGAGGUUUCAUGCUAGCGACAAACUCUGGCAACACCACCGAUAUUUAUUAUAUAACUCCCACCUACUACCGGUAGACCGGCACACUGGACUGCGCAUACCCUCCGGUUAUUGGCGGCCUUAAACACCCCACAAUGCUGGUGUAAAAACGUCUUGACACUCGCUCCUGCCCGAUACAGCCCCGAAAACCCCACAGCGACCACCGAUAAAACAAUCAAGAAAACAAGUAUCACCAAAAGCCAUGUCAAUUAACGCAGCAGAAGAGGAAGCAAAGCUUCGGAAAUUUAGGUUUACGAGGUUCUUGAAUCAAGGUAUUUCCACACCCCCGCCUCACCAAACCGUCCAUCAGCCUAACACCAGCGAGACGGAAUGAAAAAAUGAAAAAGAUGAAAACAGCACAAAUAACAUAUCCCAAAACCAGACACAAGAACCAAAAUGGUAAACCUUCUGGGCGAAAUCGAUUCCACUCCUGCAAUCCUAAUUGCUGAGAAAACGGCCUUCAGCAUUAUCGGCGAUCACCUUACUAAAUUCUCCCACGACCUCCAUCUCCCAAAAGUCUCCCUGAUGGAACGAAAUGACAUAUACCACUCGUUCCUGGCCACACAGGAUUCCGAGUAUGGGGAAGUGAAAAUAACCCUUAUAUUUCCCGCCACGGAAACUCAUAUCCGGAAGUAUACACACCAGGAGUUGAGGAUGGUCGUCGAGACUCCCGAGAUUUACAGGGAGCUGGUCAAGCCCUAUGUUGAGGAGAAGCGCCGUAAUGGGAGGUUAGACUGGGUAUAUAACAUCCUCGAGUAUAAAUCCGAGAAAGAGAGCAUUAUCGUUGAGGAUACGGAUGAUGUGGAAGGGUUUAUGCUCUUGCCGGAUCUGUCAGUUUGUCUGCCUUCUGUAUAUCUAUGCUUGAGGGAUACUUGGAAAGCUGAUUUGGGUCGGGGAAAAGGAAGUGGGAUCGAAAGACCAUGGCGAGUAUGUACACCAUGGCCAUACUGCGUCGUCGUGACAUCACCUCGCUUCGGGACCUGAAGAGGAAGCAUGUUCCGUGGCUGAAGAACUUGAGGAGGAUAAUUCCUGAGGCGAUUUGCGGGAAGUAUGGUGGUAUCGAGCCAGAUCAGAUCAAGAUUUAUGUCCACUGUGCGCCCUCCAACCCCUUGUUUGUCUUAAUUAUCGCUACUAAUGAGAUCUAGACCAACCCUCAUACUACCACUUCCACCUGCAUGCUGUCUCCAUCUCACAUGACGGUGGGCUCGGCCAGACAGCCGGCAAAGCGUUCCUAUUAGGCAAUUUGAUUAGUUGGUUGGAGAGCCUGGACGGUGAUGAAGAAACCGGUCUAGAAAGCGUCGAGUUAACGUAUUCCCUUGGGGAGGAGAGCGAGUUGUGGCAGAGAGUCUUUAAGGAGAUCAAUGGGAAGGGGAAGGCUAAGGAGUAGGAGAAGGGGUGAUUGGGUUGUUCUUGCUAAAGUUUGAGAAUUUGGCUUUUCGCGUAUUACCCCUAGAGUAGCCUACUUGUGGCCAGCCCCGAAUUCACAUUGCCCAAUAAUUCAUAGAG